GGUGACCCCACUCUCCUAGCCCCAUCUGUAAAAGCAAUGGGUGCUCUAAUGGAGCAAAACUCUGAUAUACUGACCGUGGAGGGAAUUCAGUUAUUACUGGAUUUACUUAAGGACUGGACAACUCGGAAUGAAGAGUCACGAGUACCUGAAUAUUUGGCUCGUUGGUCAACUGAAUGCUGCUUAAAGCACGAACAGAAUCGCCAGAAUAUGGUAACAGCAGGUGCUCUUGGCAUUCUGGUAACUUUCUUGCAGGGACAGAAAUCAAACUCCAAAGCUAUCAGAACAACAAGCAAAGCCAUUCGAGCUUUUACACUUGAUGAUGAUAUGAGACAGGAGUAUGGAAAGGCUCAUGAACAUGCAAGGCUCUUAGUAGAGGAGCAUAGACUCAUUCCUAUUUGUUUAGAGAUGAUCAAAAAUUGGCUGCAUGAAAGUGAUGUUGCAAGUGAGCUGCUCUCUACUGUCAGUAAGCUUUGUGUCAGAGCUGAAUACUGUCAAGAGGCUGUUGAUAAUGGUGCUCUUGUUGUCAUCAAUGAUAUUCUAGUUUCAUUCCCAGAUCAUGCAGUAAGUUACAAACUGGAAUGUUUCUCCUUUGAAACUGUAUUUUCAUAUUACUUUAUCCUUUGUUAUAGCAUGUAACCAUAUUUGUAAUACUGU